AUGUCAUCAUUGUCUAUGAACAAACAACCCAUUGUCGGUGGUGACAACAAUGACAUUCCAAACCUCUCCUUUGCCACAAUGUUGAUUGACCAACAUCAAUCAUCCGUGCCACCACUUUCAUCUUCGUCAUCUUCAACUCAGCGUCCAUCAUUUCAAUCUCAUCAUCAAAAACAACAACAAUCAUCUUUCCUCUUUACACCUUUGGUCACAAAGAAUAUCCCAUUGCCCUCAUACAACAGCAACAACAAUGGGGACAACAAACACCAAACCAAUAACAACCAUUCAUCAAUCUAUAAUAUGAACUCAUCCUCAGAAAAGACAUCGACCAAGGACAUAUCAAGGAUGAAGUCUCCAACUGUGUUUGCAUCGUCCAACAGCCACCUUUUUGAGUCACCAAUGUCUGCUGCCAGAGGAUCUGCCAACUCCAAGUCUGUUCCAUCAUCCCCUCUUCCAUUCAACAAGCUACCAGUAACACCAGCUGCCACAUCUGGAAAGACUACCAUACAAGACGCAAGACCAUUGCCAAGGAACUCAACAAACAUACAAAUUGUUGGCCAAGAUACCCAGGCCGCCAACAACAUCUCCACCCAAUCCUUUGAUGACCAACAACAGUGUAUGGUGGACGAUCAGUCUGAUAUUGAUCUAGAGUAUCCAAUGAAGCUUUUGAAGAAACUAUUGGAGUCAAUUGAUGAGUUUGAAUAUAACUACCACAACAAUGAAGCUAUCAAGUUGAUGCUCAAUGAGAAGAUUGUUUCUCUUGGUGAUGAGUUGAGGAACAAGGAAGACUCUAUCAAAGCAAUCCAGAACGAGAACCACCUACUCAGACUAAAGUUCAAUGACCUUGAGACCCAGAUGAACAAGGUUGAGGUGGAGCUCAAGUCAACAAAACUUCUCAACAAGGCCAUACAAGAAAGUCUGGAGCAAUAUGAGGACAAGAGAAGCUCAAUUGACCAACUGGCUGACAAGGUUGAAAGGAGGAGCCAGGAGACCAAUGAAUAUAUUCAGAACGCCGCUUGCACCAUUGAGAAGAUGUCCGGUCAGAUCAUUCUUCAUGAAGAGACUAUCAAAGAGAAAUCACAGACCGAGAUAUCAAUGCAAAAGGACCUGGAUUGUCUGAGGAUGGAGUAUGAAAGAGAGAUCAAGGAUUGCCAAGACAAGAUCUUGAAGAACAAGAUUGACCUGAGCUCGAUGGAGUCGGACCAAAAGACACUACUCAAUAAGAAAUCCACUAUUGAGAAGGAGCUCCAACUAAAGAGGGAUGAGUUGGACAAACAAUCCAGGUACUUAGAGGCCACAAACUCGAGGCUACAAGAGCUUGUGGAUCAGGUGUCACUGCUCCAGGAGACCAUCACCCAGAAGGAUGUUGAUACUUCAUCUCUCAAGCAUCAACUCUCAGGUCUCACCUCUCAGUAUGAGAAGGACAUACAGAAGCAACAAGAACAAACACAAGAGUUGAAAGCAAAGAACAUGACGUUGAAUGAUGAGAAGGAUAGAAUGGUCAUAGAGAUUGAAGAGUUGCAGGCAACUAACGAAUCCCAAAGAGUUCAUCUAGAGUCGGUGGAGAAGGAGUGUACAAGUUUAUUGGCCUAUAAAGAUGAGCACAUCAAUCUUGAGAAGGAGCUCAAGACGGCCAAAGAAAGGAACGAAUACCUUACCAACAAGAUGGAAUCAAGUAGUGUCAGGAUUCUAUAUCUGGAGAAGGAGAUGGAGACCCAAUUUGAAGAGAACAGGAGGCUCAUUUCAGCAAAGAAUCAACUGGAGGAUGAUCAAUCACUGCUUCUCUCCAAGAACACAGAGAAAGACCAGGCUAUCCAAUCAUAUGUGAAGAGACUCUCUGAUUUGGAAACAGACCUUGACAAGUCAUACAAGGAUAGGGAUCUCCAAUCAAAGAAGCUAACGGAGAAGAACAUUCAGCUGAACAUAUUGGAGGAGAGGAACAACCUACUAAAGAUGGACAAAGAGAGAUUGAUUGAGCACUACAAAUUUCUGGAUGACCAGAAGGUGAAGGAGGUCUUCCCAGUGGCAUCCACAACCGCUUACCCCAAGAAUGUUCAGGCUCCUGUUAAUUGUGAUGACAAUCCAAGUCUGAGCCAACUGGAGAUUGUUCCAUAUAUCCACAACAACAAUCCCAUCAGUCCACUUCCUCCAGUCUACUCGUACAAUGUCAAUGACCGCCAUCAGGGGGACCAGAAGGCCUCUGACCUCAGGACAGAAGAUGUAACUGUCAUCGCUACCACCCCUACAUCAACCAAAGCAACAAGUGGGAAGGCUCCCUCAAGAAGAAGGUCUACCAAGGCUAUCCCACCAAGCACACCUUCAUCCAAAGACAUCCUGACCUUCAAUUGA